GAGGAAUUUCUUCACCCUGAGGGUUGAGGGUACCGGGAUCCUGCAGAGAAGCCUCCCAAGGAGCUGCCCUGCCAAAAGUGAGUCUCACCUGUGACAAAUGCCAGCCAAUGAUGGUAGCAGGCGUGGAGGAUUUCAGUCCUCAUGUGUUCAACACUUGGCACGAAUGUGACAGGAUGGUGACUGGGAGAAGAUUUUCCCUUCUGUGACACCAAUUGCAGGCUGCUCUCCUGUUAGGUGUACUAUGCACAGAGCAUCAUUCACAGCUGAGGCUCUGAAAUACUUGAGGACAUUGCAUCUUCCUCAGGGACACAGACAAGGGGGAGCUGGAUCCUCUGGGGAGCUCAGAAAGGAAUUGUGGUUGGUGGUCACCUGAGGAGCUUACCUUCACACCAAUGUUGCUCUGAAAGGAGUUGUGUCCAACAUUCAGGUUUGGUAAGAUGCCUCAGGAACAGUACGCGCACCGGAGCACCAUGCAGACCUCAGAAGGACCCCAGGUAUACAAAGUGGGGAUUUAUGGCUGGAGGAAGAGGUGCCUCUAUUUCUUUGUGCUGCUCCUAAUGAUUUUAAUCCUGGUGAACCUUGCUAUGACCAUCUGGAUUCUGAAGGUUAUGAACUUCACAAUUGAUGGAAUGGGGAACCUGAGAAUCACAGAAAAAGGUCUAAAGCUUGAAGGAGAUUCAGAAUUCUUGAAACCUCUCUACGCCAAAGAAAUCCGGUCAAGACCAGGCAACCCACUGUACUUCCAGUCUGCCAGAAAUGUGACAGUGAACAUCCUCAAUGAGAAGACUAAAGUCCUUACUCGCCUCGUAACAGGUCCCCAAGCAGUGGAAGCACACAGCCAAAAAUUUGAGGUGAAAACCCUCUCUGGAAAAUUGCUGUUUUCUGCAGAUGACAACGAAGUGGUGGUUGGAGCAGAGAGAUUGAGAGUUUUAGGAGCAGAAGGCACAGUGUUCCCUAAAUCUAUAGAAACUCCCAAUGUCAGGGCAGACCCCUUCAAGGAACUAAGGCUGGAGUCACCUACACGUGCACUGGUGAUGGAGGCUCCAAAAGGCAUCGAGAUCAAUGCCGAGGCCGGCAGCUUGAAAGCCACAUGCAGGACAGAGCUCAGGCUGGAAUCCAAAGAUGGAGAGAUAACCUUGAAUUCUGCAAAAAUCAAACUACCUAACUUGCCUCAAGGAUCUUCCUCUUCUGCAGGGUCCAGGCAAAAAAUCUACGAGCUCUGUGUGUGUCCCAAUGGGAGGUUGUUUCUGUCGCAGGCAGGCACUAGCUCAACCUGCCAGAUAAAUACAAGCGUCUGCCUUUGAGAGACAAUUUGCAGUGGGGGCAUCGCAGGCAGCACAAAAGCCAGUUCUGGUCUCACAGAUUGCAGCUGCCAACUAUUUUUACUAGAACACAGAAAGCCUAUCAAAGACUUUUUUUGUGUGUGCGCGCGCGUGUGUGUGAAUAUAUAUAUAAAAAUAUAUAUAUAAAAUAUAUAUAUAUCCUCUGUGUAAAAUGGUGUUUCAGUACAAGGAAUCCCAGGGUGACCCUGUUACAUUUGUGUAGCAUUUCUCUUUCCCAUACCAAAAUUUACUGGUACAAUCUGCUGAAUUGGAUUUGAUACUCCCUUGGAACCUUCUGUAUUAAUAUAGUCUAAUGAUCACCCCUUGCUUUUGAUCAUGUUCUCAGAGCAGUGGGAUUGUUGGCUGGGCAAGACCCUGGAACUGAUGUAGACCCACCAACAUAUAAAGGGAAGAGAAGCAUCUCUGAUUAUUUUUGCACCAUUAAAUCAGUGGCGUGAAAAAAACAAAAAGGAAAAACUAAUUAGCCAGAUGUGAUGUACUCAUCACAUAGAGUGAUCCAAGAUACCUGAGGUUAAAUUACUCUCUAAUUUUUACCUGAAGCAUGGCUCCCUGCUGGGAGAGACGGAUUGCCCUUGGUCAGUAGAAAAGCCCAAAUCUUCUUGCUGGAAUAAUCCUGUGUUUUUCUAAAGGGCUUUGGGACUUGCCUGUGCAUGGCCAAGGAUGUCUUUUGCUAUUCAGAUGUGAUGUAUCAGCUCUAAGCCUGACCUGAAGUCAUCUCUCUGCUAACAAAACUGGCGCUGCAUCUAGUUCUGGAAAGGAAAAAGAACCAAGUGAAUGUUGGAUUAACUAGAAAAAUCCUGAAUCUCCUUAAUUGGCAGGUGUCCUGAAUCGCUCUCCAUUAGCAUCUUUAAUUUUGCGAAGAUUAGGUGUGAAGGUGUGAAGAUUUAAGAUUUGGGCAUUGCCUAUCAAUACCUGUAGAAACAGAGAGAAUUACCUAUUCUACCCAUAGAAACUAAGAAGUCUGUAGAGAUAAGGUGUGUAAUGUAGGUGCUACGCCAGAAUUCUUGUAAUCUUUCUUUUCAGGUUAUACAGUCCAAGGUCACUUAAAUUUGAUGGAGACUGCAAAUAUCAGAGAUGCUGACAAUGAAACAGACUUCUUUAAGGAUUUAUAAAGAUUGUAGCAAAGCAGAUUACUGGAAAACAAGGGCUUUGGAUGCUGGUUCCUCUAGAAUUUGAGCCCCCAAAACUUUGUGGUUUAAUCUUUCAAUGGUUGCAUUUUUCCUUAUUUUAAAUUCUAGGAGUCACAGGAUAGAACAGGAAAUCUGAGCUGGUAACAUUACUUUCACUAUUCAAGUUCUGUAAACUAAUGAGAAAGGCCCAGACCUUUGAAUUCUGAUCCAUAAUUGCAUCUCCAUGCAUAUAAAAAUCUCUGCAAAAUAAAUACAUUAAUUGCUGCAAAAGUACCCAAAUUGCAGUAAGUUCAUGAGGACAGCAAGGUUUCUAAGCCACUGAGACGCUUUUGAAAGUAUUACCUCAUGUGCAAAUAUGACAGAUCAGUGCCCAUCCCUAGUGAUAUCUAAGCAAAGCUGGUAUUCUUCAAGCCAUCUUCAAGAUAAAAUGUAGCUGACAGAAAUCUUUAAUUUAGGCCAAUCCUUUCUUUUACAGAUUUCUACAUAAUUUCUUGCCAUGUGGAAAGUACCAGGGUUUGAUUUUUGUUUUAAAUGAACAAUUAUGGCUUAAUCCAAAACUGACUGGGCUCGAAAGAUUUCUGUGGAGUUGAGUUUAGAUGUGUUGCUGCUAACCAAGCAUCACUCUGAUAAAAUUUCUUCCUGUAAUGCUUUCAGAUUAAUUAACAAACUCAAUCUAUUUGUUAAUGAAUUUUUCCUGUAAUUAUUAUGUCUUGAGCCAAUGUUUGAAUGCAAAGGGUCACCCAGGAUAACAAUUGUAUUGGGACACAGGACUAUACCAUCUCUGUUCAAAGAGGGGAAUUGUGCCUAUGCCUUAAGUCAAUGCACUCAGCAAGGAGAAGCACAUCAUAUUUAUCUUGUUAUUAAAACUAGUUUAUUUGGGGGGAGGGAUAGGAGGGUGUCUUGGGAACUGGUUGUGCAACUUAAAACAGAUAUUGAUGAAAUGUGUUAAGACUGUAGGGACAUCUAAGAGUGAUACAGAGUUGGGGUUUUUUUUACCAUUUUAAAUAUAGCAAAAUACUGUGUAUGUUACCUCUAGGACCACAAGUGAAGUCCCAUUCAUAGUCCUACAUUUACUGUAGAUCUUUUUUCCCCUGUUUCAUUUAAUAGUGAACACAAACCUUCUAGUGACAACAGCCCAAUUCAUAAAUAAAUCCCAUGUGAGCAGUUCUGAAGACAUUGCUGCAGGAAGAGUAGAACAAAUUGCAUUAACUUUCCCACCCUUGAGAGUAUUCCUGCUGGUGAGGAAGGCAGGGCUGGAGUGACCCAGCAGGGAGGCUGUGUCCUGACUUCCAUGCUCCACUCCUGAGAGGCCGGUGGCUUAGUCCUCAUCCCCAUGCACCCUCGAGCUGCUCUGGUGAGGAUUUCCAUCCCAAUAAAUUCAUUUGGAGUGGUUGGUCUUUUCAGCUAGGCUCUUGGAUGAGGUUAUCAUGUUCUUGUAUCAUGAAGGCCAUGGAACUGCUUAAGGACAUUUAUUUUGGUAUGCAUUCCUAUGGGGGAGCUGUUAGGGAACAACCUAAACAUCUGUGCCAUCACUGCAGAUGCUUCUCUGAAGUGAACAAAGGGUACCUUAAUUAUGUCUACGCAAAGGAGUUCUGGAUGCUGCAAUAUGUUUUGCAAACAUACAGCAUCUUAAAAAGCAUAAAAUUAUAUGUUUUGUUGAAAGGCAAGGAAUUGUUGCUAGAAUGAUUGAUUUCGCAUAGAGACUUGUAAACCAUUUGAGCCCCACUUGAGUUGUAAGACAGAGGUUUAGAUGAUGCUGCCUGCACUUGUGUUGGCCACGUGAUUAGUCUCCUGCUGUUCAGUGAGUGGCAGACACAACUACAGGCUGAGCAGAGAACGGAUUCAGAGCAGUCCUGAGGAGAAGGUCUUGGGGGUGUUGAUUAAGAAGAAGCUCAACAUGACCCAGCAGUGUGCACUUGCAGCCCAGAAAGCCAACCAUAUCCUGGGCUACAUCAAAAGAAACAUGACCAGCAAAUCAAGGGGAGGAAUUCUCCCCCUCUACUCUGCUCUUGUGAGACCCCACCUGGAGAACUGAGUCCAGCUCUGGGGCCCCAAACAUAAGGAGGACGCAGGCAUCUUGUAGUCCAGAGGAGACCACAAAGGUGCU